AUGAGUAACAGCACUUGUGUGGAUGUAGAGCCUCUCUCCACGCUGUACUGCAGGAAUAACAGAUUUUGUAGGUCCGUUGAGAGAGCCCGUCAGGCGGAGGAGGCCAUCGGCUGCCCCCAGAGAUCUUCGCCCAGAUCCUGUCCGGGGCCCGUGACCCGUGAGCUCUGGGGGUGCAGUGGAUCCUGUCCGUGGUGGGUGUCUGAGGCUGUUCAGGUGAAGUGGGCAGGUGACUGCUGCCCAGAGAACACCUCGCAGGUUGUACCAACAUCUGGCCACAAUGCAGAUUUCCCCAUUGGCAGCCAGCCUGUCUCUGAGGACACUUAUAGAAUGAACUUGGCCAAAGGAGUCUCAAUGUCACUGCCAUCCUCACCUCUGCUGCCACGCCAGUCCUAUUUGAUGCAGUCAAGAUCAAACAAAAAGUCUCCAGGUCCGACCAGGAAGCCCAAGUAUGUGGAAAGCCCUCGAGUGCCAGGUGAGGCAGCUCUGCCGCUGAGAAAAGGAUCAGAGCCAGGAGAACCCAGUCAAAAUGCAAAGCCUGAUAAAGACUCAAGCUGUUCUCCUGCAGCACAAGAACUGAUGACAAGAUUGGGUUUUUUACUGGGAGAAGGGAUCCCAACUUCUGCUCAUAUAGAAGAGAAAAAUGAAGUCAUGUGUGCAGUAGCCAGUCAAGGAGUGAGCCCGUGUUCCACCCUGACCAGCAGCACCACCUCGCCCAGCACGGACAGUCCCUGCUCGACCCUCAACAGCUGCGCGGGCAAAGCAGCCGCCAGCAAGGGCAGUCCCUGUGGAACUAUUAGCAGCCCGAGCUCCACCCUGGAGAGCAAGGACAGUGGGAUUAUAGCAACUAUAACGAGUUCAUCAGAAAAUGAUGAUCGUAGUGGAUCCAGUUUGGAGUGGAGCAAGGAUGGGAGUCUCAGAGCUGGAAAACAUCAAGGGAUUGGUCAUGAUCGAAGAACAGAUAAUUUUUCACCAGUUGCAGAAGAGGAAGCCGUUGGAUCUGCUGAGAAUUUACCAAAAGUACCAACGGGAGAGGGUCCCGUUUCUUACACACAGAGUUCUGGCUCUUUAAUAAUGCCUCGUCCAAACUCUGUUGCAGCAACAAGUUCAACCAAACUGGAAGAUCUGAGUUAUUUGGAUGGACAAAGAAAUACUCCUUUACGCACUUCAAUUCGCUUACCUUGGCACAACACGGCUGGCGGAAGGGUGCAGCAGGAGACUCGUUUUGUCCCCUACAAGCCUCAAGACAUUUUGCUGAAGCCACUAUUGUUUGAAGUUCCAAGCAUAACGACAGACUCGGUGUUUGUUGGAAGAGAAUGGCUGUUUCAAGCCAUUGAAGAGAAAUUGAAGACUACUGAUCCAGCAGAGAACAGGGGAGCAGUCAUUACUGGAAAUGUGGGAUUUGGGAAGACCGCAAUUAUUUCACGGCUGGUGGCACUUAGCUGCCAUGGAAGUCGCAUGAGGCAAAUAGCUUCAAAUAGCCCUAAUUCAUCCCCCAAAAGUGGUGACUCCUGUCAGGAGAUUCCUUUAAGCCAGUCACCCCCGUCUGCUCCCCCAGCAAGUGGUACCAGUACAAUGAAGAGCCUGAACUGUCCUGGUGGCCCUGAAUACCAGAAUCCAGCAGGUGAUCCUGUGAGAUGCCUUGCUUCAAAGGUUGUUGCGUAUCACUACUGUCAAGCUGACAACACAUACACAUGUCUCGUCCCAGAAUUCGUGCACAGCACUGCAGCUUUGCUGUGUCGUUCAAGUCAGUUAACAGCAUACCGAGAUCUUCUAAUACGAGAGCCUCACUUGCAGAGCAUGCUGAGCCUGAGAUCUUGUGUCCAGGAUCCGGCAGCGGCUUUUACAAGGGGAGUGUUGGAACCACUUGCAAACCUCAGGAAAGAGCAAAAAAUUCCUGAGGAGGACUACAUAAUUUUGAUAGAUGGUUUAAAUGAUGCUGAAUUUCAUAAACCUGAUUAUGGUGACACACUUUCUUCAUUUAUCGCAACCUUAAUUUGUAAGUUUCCCGCUUGGCUGAAGCUCAUUGUGACUGUAAGAACUAACUUCCAGGAAGUAGUAAGUUCACUGCCCUUCAUCAAAAUAUCCCUGGACAAUUUUCCAGACAACAAAGAAAUUCAUGAUGACUUGAAUGCUUACAUUCAGUACAGAAUUAACAGCAGCCAGGAAAUUGUAAACAACAUAUCUUUAAAUGGAAAAGCUGAUGCAGCUAUUAUUGGGAAAGUGAGUAACCACCUGAUCAUGAGAAGCCUGGGAUCUUAUCUCUAUUUGAAACUCACUCUGGAUCUUUUCCAAAAAGGUCACUUAGUAAUCAAAAGUGCCAGCUACAAGGUUGUUCCCGUGUCUCUCUCAGAACUGUACUUACUGCACUGCAAUAUGAAGUUCAUGACAAACUCUGCUUUUGAGCGAGCCCUGCCAAUCCUGAAUGUGGCGCUGGCGUCCCUGCAUCCCAUGACGGAUGACCAGAUUUUCCAGGCUAUCAAUGCAGGCCAGAUAAACGGUGAGCAGCAAUGGGAAGACUUCAGCCAAAGGAUGGAAGCCCUCUCGUGCUUUCUGAUAAAAAGACGUGACAGGACACGUAUGUUCUGCCACCCUUCCUUCAGGGAGUGGCUUGUUUGGAGAGCAGACGGUGAGAAUACUGACUUCUUAUGCGAGCCAAGGAAUGGACAUGCUCUACUGGCUUUCAUGUUUUCUCGACAAGAGGGAAAGUUAAACCGCCAACAAACUAUGGAACUUGGUCAUCAUAUACUUAAAGCUCACAUUUUUAAGGGUCUCAGUAAAAGGACUGGGAUCUCUUCUAGUCAUCUCCAAGCCCUGUGGAUUGGUUACAGUGCUGACGGACUGUCUGCAGCCCUUGCUUCUCUGAGAAACAUCUAUACACCCAACGUGAAGGUGAGUCGGCUGCUGAUCUUGGCAGGAGCAAAUGUGAAUUACAGGACUGAAGUAUUAAAUAAUGCUCCGGUGCUGUGUGUUCAGUCGCACCUCGGACAUGAAGAAGUAGUCACUCUUUUACUGGAAUUCGGAGCUGCUAUUGAUGGCGCGUCAGAGAACGGGAUGACAGCACUUAGCUACGCCGCCGCUGCAGGCCACAUGAACAUAGUUUCACUGCUGUGCAAGAAAGGUGCAAAGGCUGACUAUGUCGACAAGAAGGGCCAGUGUGCGCUGGUGCACAGUGCACUGAGAGGGCACUGUGAGAUCCUGGAACACCUGCUCGGUGUGGUUUGGGUAACUCCUUCCCAAGAACAGGACACCCUGAGAAAGAGCCAGGCGCUGCAGCAAGCGCUGACAGCAGCGUCCAGCAUGGGACACGCUCAG